CUCGUUUGGUGUUCUCGUCUUGUUUGCUCCACCACAUCGUCAUCAUUUCUCAUCGUUGCGAGUCCUAGCAUCGUCAUGGCUUCUACUUCACAAUGGGCUUACCGCUCACAAAAGUCCAUUGGCCUUAUGACGGGUCCACCGUCCUUUGCUCCCGUAUCCGGCUUUGAUCGAGAAGAGGCAGACAGCUCCAACCCUACGCGUGUCUUCAAGUAUAGCCCGGAUGGUAGGUGGUGUGCCAUGGCAAUGGAGAAGCACUUUCUCCUCCUCUCGACCGCAGACCCCACCUCAUCCGUACGCGCGCAUACCAUUGAGGUCCCCCGUGUCGUAGAUAUUGCCUUUUCCCCUCGCGGCGGAUACGUCUCGACCUGGCAGCGUCCCUUCAAGGACGCAGAAGGCAACAAUGUGGCCAACCUCAAGCUCUGGAGAACGAGCGAUGGUGCAGAGGUUGGCGCUUGGGAGCGCAAGUCGCAGGAGGGCUGCCAUCCGCAGAUCAACGAGGAGGAGACGCAUCUCGUUCGCCAAGUAUCCACGGAGCUGCAGAUCUUUGAGCCAGACGCAAUUAAGGACAAGGGCGUCGUUGGACGUCUGAGGCUCGAGGGCAUGACGAGCUACGAGCUGGGAGCGGGAAGCAAGCCUGUUGUGGCCGUCUUUUGCGGGGAGAAGAAGGGAGCACCAGCAUCAGUGCGAGUCUACCCCCUGGCUUCUCUCAUCCCCAGCCCGCCAGAGCCGCCGGCGCCCAUCUCGCAAAAGACCUUCUUCAAGGCAGACAAGAUCCAGAUGAAGUGGAACCGCGCUGGCACAUCUCUCCUUUUCAUGACUUCGACCGACGUGGACCGCACAAACAAGUCUUACUAUGGCGAGACGAACCUCUACAUGAUGUCUGCUCGCGGCGACUUCGACUGUCGUGUCUCGCUGGACAAGGAGGGACCCAUUCAUGACUUCGAAUGGUCGACCAACGGCCGCGAGUUCAUCGUCAUCUACGGUUAUAUGCCCGCCAAGGCUACCUUGUUCAGCUUCCGUGUCAACGUCAUCGCAGAGCUCGGCACGGCUGCCCGCAACACAGUCGCAUUCAACCCGCAGGGACGUCUCUUCUGCUUGGCAGGCUUCGGCAAUCUGAGCGGGAGUGUCGACGUGUGGGACCGUCAGCAGCUGAGCAAAGGGAAGCUUUUCACUUUUGACGCGAGCAACUCCAGCGUGCUGGAGUGGAGUCCUUGCGGCGAGUAUCUGCUCUGCGCUACAUUGAGUCCGAGGCUAAGAGUAGAGAACGGAGUCAAGAUCUGGCAUUGCACGGGGAAUCUCAUCCACGUAGACAUGAUCGACGAGCUCUAUCAGGCCGGCUGGAGGCCAGGUUUCAAGAUGGCUACCGACGCUGGAGCAAGGGAACCUCCCGCUUUCCCCGAUGCCCUGCCUUCUCCGCCUGCACCGAGCCCCACGGCCAAGGAAUGGCUGGACAAGGUCGCAGCCAAGCCGCAGAGGCCAACAGGCGCGUAUCGCCCGCCCGGAGCGAGGGGCGCCGCAGCGAGCGACGCCUACAAGCGCGAUGAAGACGGGAAGAUCAUGAUGAGCAGCAGUAGCAGCCCCGCACGAACCGUACCUGGCUCCAACGGGCACUCGGCCGCAGCGCGUGGUGCGGGAGGAAGAAGACAGGUGCCUGGGGCAUCCUCUUCGUCUUCGAGGGGCAACAGCCAGCCGGGUACGCCUGCUCCGGGAACGCCUACGGGGCCCAAGGGUGGCAAGAAGGGGGCAGCGCAGGCGGCGAAGCGCAGUGGUACUUCGACCCCAACGCCAAACGACCAAGCCGCUCCAGCAUCUGCAAUUCAAUCCGAGCAGCCGUCUGCACCCGUAGCAUCAGGCGCAGCCGAAGUAGGUGGUAGCGCAGAGGCUGGUGCGCUCGACAAGAGGUUGCGCAAUCUGACCAAGAAGCUCAAGGCGAUCGAGGAGCUGAAGGCGAGGAGGAAUGCCGGAGAGAAGCUGGAGCAGACGCAGGUGCUCAAGAUUGCGAAUGAGGCAGAGUUGAGGAAGGAGCUGGCUGAUCUGAGCUAGAGCGGCGAGAAAGGCGGUGAAAAUGGCAACGGCAGGAUAGAGCUUUGAAGGCGAAUGAGAAUGGACUCGAGUGGUGAGAAAGGGAGACCCGCAGCAUCUGUAGCCUCCAAUCGCACAUGGGUCGUACGCAUCUCGCUCCAGAGUCAAUGCCUCUUCAUUCAUCUGCUCAUGUACAUGGCGACUGAUCGGGACCACCAGCUGUGAAAGCAGCGUUUUCUUUUCACUCGUGUUCAAUGCCUGCUAGACGAAUGAUGAUCAUGAUCUUUUGAAUGAAAUUGCUCGCUUGC